GUGGAUAUUCCAGUUGAUGUCUUGGAACACGGAUUCGCGGGGCUAAGUAGACUGAGGUGAUGGACCGACGUCACUGACAACCCGAGCACCUGCAGCUUGAAGUACCCACGUUCUUUCUGUGACAAAAGACGACCGUAAUUGUAAAAUUGUAAGCUACGCCUGAUAGUCCAUACUAGUUGUACUUCCCUGGUCCUGUUCAACCGGACCAGGCGUUUGAGAAUACUGGCUCACACUUUAGUUUCUUUCUACAUCCUGGUCCUCAUUUACUUUCUUUCAUACGCUGCACCCUACUCUAAACAAUCUUAGACCUUUUCGCACUUGGAAUAUCACCUGUUCUCGCAGAUAUUCGUCCUAUCCUACAGCAUGAGGAAGUUCAUGGGCAAAGUGAAAGAUGCUGGAAAGCCUUCUGGGCCUUCUCCCUAUAGCCCUCAAAAGAUUCAUUCCCAAGCACCUAAGGCCUCACCUCCGAUAAACCCAGACAUUUUUCGCUAUCGAUACAACCAUGGCACCAACGUAGGAUCAAUAUACGUUCUGGAAAAGUGGCUCUACCAGUCAAUGUUCCCUCAAGGCUGCGAGGAUGGCAAAUCAUCAGAGCUCGAGGCUGUUAAAGCCAAUGUUAAAGAGCUACAUACUGACAAAACUCGACAAAAGCUCGAGAAGCAUUGGUCUAAUGCAAUCAUACAACAAGAAUGGGAAUGGCUCUCGCGCGACGCCAAAUGUUCCGCCAUAAGACUCCCAAUUGGGUACUUCACGUUAGGUUCAAAGUUUGCACGCGGUACUCCCUUUAGUCCAUUCGAGAAAAUAUAUCAGAACGCCUGGUCCAGCGUUCGUCGCUUCGUUGAAACCGCCAAUUCCUACGGCAUCGGAGUCUUGCUCGACCUUCACGCCGCCCCGGGUGGUGCAAAUAGCAGUGAUCAUUCGGGUACUAACUCCAAUAAAGCAGAACUGUGGAACAGCGACUCAAACAGGAAGCUGACCAUCGACUGCUUGAGAUUCAUUGCGGAGGAAGUGAAGAACGGGCUGCCUGGUGUUAUAGGCAUCCAGGUGUGCAAUGAAGCUGAGUACGGUGCACAAGGCAUGUACGACCUCUACGAUUGGGCUUUGAGCACGUUCAGCUCCAUCGACUCUAGCAUUCCCAUAUAUAUCUCGGAUGCCUGGAAUCUUGGAGACACUAUUCCUUAUGCUUUGAAGCGCAACGCGAAAGAUGUCAUCUCGAACCCGGUAUUCAUUGAUACACACUUCUACUGGGCGUUCAGUGACGCGGACAAGUCAAAGUCACCCCAGCAGAUUAUUGACGAGGUUCCUACUAAACUAGGGGAGCUUGAUGGCCAAGAAGGAAGUAUUCAUGAUCGUGGCGGGGUACAGAUCAUCGUCGGUGAGUAUAGCUGUGUCAUGGCGGGCGAGGUCUGGAAGAAGCAUGGCGAAGGCCAGAGAGACGAAUUGACAAAGUCCUUUGGGCAAGCGCAGAGCCGUCGGUGGCAACAAAAGACUGGCGGCUCGUUCUUCUGGACACUCAAGAUGGACUGGGUACCGGGUGGCGAAUGGGGCUUCAUUGAACAAACGAAGAACGGAGCUAUAAAGGCUCCUGAUUGGUUCGAUCUCUCCUUCACACAAGUCAAAGAAGCCUUGGCAAAGGCUACAGGUCAACGAGACUCGUUGGCACAGAAAGCUGCUGCAGAGCAUGCUGCCUACUGGGAUGGAAAACAUCCUGAUGGUACUUUUGAACAUUGGCGCUUUGAACCUGGUUGGCAACAAGGUUGGGAUGAUGCCGAGAAAUUCUUCACUGCGCGAAUGAAUGGACUGGUACCAAAGGGCAGCGGUGAAGGAUGUGAUCGUAUCGGUGCUAUCGAGGCUUGGACACUAAAACGCUGUAGAGAGUCUGGAAUGGUGGACAGUGGAUGGAUGUGGGAAUGGGAGGUGGGCCUCAGGAAGGGCAUCAAAGACUUUGAGCAGACUGUCGGCAUCUGAGUUCAGCAAACGCCAAUUGAGGCAAGAACGACCUAUGAAACUGUUGAGUAUUUCCAUAGUGUAUGUUCAGCUUGCAUCAUUGGGGCGCAGAUAAGUACGACUCAGCCUGCGAGCACCAGCAAUCGGACUAAGUAAAGUAGGUUCAUUAUUGUUCUGGAUAAUGACACACAUAGUUAG